GCAAUUUUUUUGUUCCCAUUCUAAUUUCCUGCUUCACCCUACCUAUAUAUUCUCAAAUGAAGAACUAGUACCGCUUCUCAAAACCCUAGCGUCGCGAUCUUCUUCAGCGUAGGGUGUCGGCUCUGAGCUCAACCAUCUUCAGUCAUGGCGGAUGUGGAAACCGACGUUGCGGCGACGGCGGGGCUGCCGAAAAAGAGGACGUUCAAGAAGUUCAGCUUCAGAGGCGUUGAUUUGGAUGCUCUUCUGGACAUGUCAACCGAUGAGCUCGUGAAGCUCUACAGCGCUCGAGCUCGCAGAAGGUUUCAGAGGGGUCUGAAGCGAAAGCCGAUGGCAUUGAUCAAGAAACUGCGCAAGGCGAAACGCGAGGCUCCACCUGGUGAGAAACCAGAAGCAGUGAGGACUCACCUGCGCAAUAUGAUCAUAGUACCCGAAAUGAUUGGCAGCAUCAUUGGAGUGUACAACGGAAAGACAUUCAACCAGGUGGAAAUCAAGCCUGAGAUGAUUGGCCAUUACCUAGCUGAGUUCUCGAUCUCAUACAAGCCUGUCAAGCACGGGAGACCAGGUAUUGGUGCCACCCACUCAUCGAGGUUUAUUCCUCUCAAGUGAGAAUCUUUUGCAGGAAUUUGGAUUUCAGAUCCACCCUUAUUUCUACAAGACAUCCAUGAUGUUGAAUUUUUGCCUUUCCUGUCAUUCUGUUUGGAUUGUUAUUUCACUGAACCCCUAAUUUAUAUCUUGAUAUUGUAGACAAUCUGUAGUUUGAAUAGUUGUUGCCAUUUGGCAGGCAAGACAUGUGGUUUGCAUAUUUUUUUGUUAUUGCAUUAAGUUCCAAUUAGUGCCA